GGGAGCUGAGUGACAUAAUCGAGUGUGAGAGGGACCGGUUAUCAUGGCUCUUGGAUGACGAUGUUGAGGUUGAACAAGGAUUGCUUCAGGAGAGGAAUUGGGCGCCGCGGAAGCGGACUGAAGCCGAAGCAAUCAAGCUUCUCAUUGACAGACUGAGUGCAACUGAGCUGAGUGUGAAGGAUUGGAAGUUUACGAGGACGAUGAGGCACUCGGGCUUGCAGUAUACAGAAAAGUAAAUGUUGAAGAUAGUUGAAGGGCUUGGGCACAAGGGGCAAUGGAGACACGCCUGCUCUGUUGUAGAGUGGCUGUACAGCUCCAAGGAGCACAAGCAUUUCAAGAGCAGGUUCGUGUAUACAAAGUUAUUGACAGUGCUAGGCAGAGCCAGGAAGCCUCGUGAAGCUCUUCGAGUCUUUAAUCUGAUGCGUGGAGAUGCACAUAUAUAUCCAGAUAUGGCAGCAUUUCAUUGUUUUUCUGUUAUACUGGGCCAAGCUGGUUUACUGAAAGAGCUGCUGAAUGUUAUUGAAUCCAUGAAGGAGAAACCAAAAAACAUCAAAAAUAUGAGGCGCAAAAAUUGGAGUCCUGAACUUCAACCAGACAUUGUUAUAUUUAAUGCUGUUUUAAAUGCUUGUGUUCCGACUUGCCAAUGGAAGGGAGUAUCGUGGGUCUUUCAACAGUUGAGAAGGAAUGGUCUCAGACCUAAUGGAGCAAGCUAUGGGCUAGCAAUGGAGGUAAUUGUUUGUGAAACUAUCAGACAAGCUAUGUCUGAGCUUUGUUUUGAUUAAAUUGAACAUUUUUAGCAAAAGAUUGUUGCUGGAUGCAGAUUCUAAGGAUGUGUGGCUCUUAGAAAUGCAAACUGAGUGAUGUAAUUUCAUUUGUAGUCAAGUAUUAUUGCUUGGAUCUUUGAUUAUUCUUUAUGCUAUGCUUCUUUUCUUUGCUGAUGUCAAGAUCUUACAUUUGG